UUUCUCCUCCUCUUUCUUUUCUGCUGUUCCCUGUGUAUAGCUGCCAUAACUUUCUUAGGAGCGGCAGAGGAUACCCAACCCCUCUUCCCGAGUAUAUACAUACGCGCGAUCUAUCGACACGGAAGUGGGUUUUAUUAUAUAUCCGUAGAUUGACAUGCCGUCGGUUGUUGUAGCUGAAUCUCAAUCCUCUGAGAAGAAGAAGAGUAUGAAGAAAGCUGAAUCUGCGGAAAUGGCGGUGGACGCUAACCCCGCUGAGAAAAAGAUCAAGAAAGAGAAGAAGUCCAGCAAAAAGACUAAACUUACCUCGGAGCCUGACCCCGACGAUUCUAAUUCCAAUACCCUGCUCAAAAAGAGGAAAGAGAAGAAGCGAAAGGCGUUGGAAAUUGACGGCGAGGAUAACGAGGAUGAGAGGAGCGAGACCAGCUCCGAGUUGGGGGAGCCCAUGAACAGUAUGGGUAAGAAGAAAAAGAAGAUGAAGUUUGAGGAGGAAGAUGAGGAAGAGAAAGAAGAGAAUCCAAAUGCUCUGUCGAAUUUCCGUAUUUCGGUGCCGUUGAGGGAGGCUUUAAAGUCCAAGGGGAUUGAAUCCUUGUUCCCGAUUCAGGCAAUGACUUUUGGUAUGAUUCUUGAUGGUUCGGAUUUGGUUGGGAGGGCGCGCACUGGUCAGGGUAAAACAUUGGCUUUUGUGUUACCUAUAUUGGAAUCAUUGACAAAUGGGCCCGCGAAAGCAUCACGUAAGACUGGAUAUGGAAGGGCACCUAGUGUUCUCGUGCUUUUACCCACUAGGGAAUUGGCCACGCAGGUGUUUGCUGACUUUGAAGUCUAUGGUGGAGCGUUAGGGUUAAAUUCUUGUUGCCUGUAUGGAGGUUCUCCUUAUCAGCCACAACAGAUUCAAUUGAAAAGAGGCGUUGAUAUUGUAGUUGGCACUCCUGGUCGCAUUAAGGAUCACAUAGAGAGGGGUAACCUUGACUUCAGAUCACUAAAGUUCCGAGUACUUGAUGAAGCCGAUGAAAUGUUGAGGAUGGGUUUUGUUGAAGAUGUUGAACUUAUUCUGGGCAAGGUAGAGGAUGCUAGCAAAGUUCAGACUCUUCUUUUCAGUGCCACUUUGCCGGAUUGGGUUAAGCAUAUAUCUGCUAAGUUCUUAAAACCAGAUAAAAAAACAGCUGACCUUGUUGGUAAUGAGAAAAUGAAAGCCAGCACCAACGUCAGGCAUAUUGUUCUUCCCUGUUCUGUUUCUGCAAGAACCCAGCUUAUUCCUGAUAUCAUUCGCUGCUAUAGUAGUGGAGGCCGCACUAUUAUUUUCACGGAGACAAAGGAUUCUGCUUCUACACUUGCUGGAGUACUUCCUGGAGCACGUGCUUUGCAUGGGGACAUACAACAGGCUACACGUGAGGUCACACUCUCUGGAUUCAGAUCUGGCAAAUUUUCAACACUUGUUGCUACAAAUGUAGCAGCCCGAGGAUUGGAUAUUGAUGAUGUCCAGUUAAUAAUUCAGUGUGAGCCACCUCGUGAUGUAGAGGCAUACAUCCAUCGGUCUGGAAGAACAGGAAGAGCUGGGAAAACUGGUGUUGCUGUCAUGCUUUAUGAUCCAAGGAAGUCAAAUUUCUCUAAGAUAGAAAGAGAAUCUGGCGUGAAGUUUGAACAUAUAUCUGCUCCACAGCCAGCUGAUAUAGCUAAAGCUGCUGGUGCUGAAGCUGCAGAAAAAAUUAAUGAGAUCUCUGAUAGUGUCAUUCCGGUAUUCAAGGCUGCUGCACAAGAGCUAUUGGACUCGUCUGAGUUGUCCCCAGCAGACCUGCUUGCAAAGGCACUGGCAAAGGCUGCUGGCUACACCGAGAUCAAGAGUCGCUCACUUCUGACUUCAAUGGAGAAUUAUGUUACUGUACUCCUGGAGUGCGGAAGGCCCGUUUACACGCCAUCCUUUGCUUAUGGAGUUCUGCGGAGGUUUUUACCUGAAGAUAAAGUUGAGUCAAUUAAGGGUCUUGCUUUAACAGCUGAUGGGAAGGGCGCUGUUUUUGAUGUGGCUGCACAAGAUCUGGACACUUUCCUUGCAGGCCAGGAAAAUGCAGCUGGGGUAAGCUUAGAAGUUGUAAAAUCAUUGCCACGACUGCAAGAAAGAGAGCAGUCACGAGGGAGAUUUGGAGGAGGUGGUGGUGGUGGGCGUGGUGACCGGAGGUUUUCUGGAGGAAGAGGAGGAGGGAGAGGUGGAUUCUUUAAAGGUCCUGGUGGAGGAAGAGGUCGCGGCAGUAACAACCGCAGAUGGUGAAGCUAACUUUUGAAAAACCCCAACCAUUUGACAGAUACGGCAUAGCAGCCAAUGCCCAAGGGGCAUAUAAAUUUUGGUGUUGAUGGAAGUGUUUAAUUUUGUUUUGAUUUUGUAUUCCCCUUAGGAGGAAUUUAGGUUUCCCAUUAUUUUUCUUUUUUCCAUUUGCAUUGCCAUGUUUUGUUUUAUGACUCUACGAUUAGUAUAUCAUUAAUUAUUGGAGAGGUUCAAAUACUCUCCUCGUGUUGUUCUUAUUCAUUGGAAAAUGAAAAUGUAGAGAGAUUAACUCUUCAAUUAUAUCGUUGCAGUCUAGUUGAAGGCAAAGUUCUUUACAGGAA